UGUCGGUCUAUGAAGCAUCAAUAGACGACAACGACGCAGCGGUUUUGUACUCGAAUGGCUGGGUGCUUGUCUCGGAGGACGGGGUGUUUUUUUUCCCUAAUACUUCACGUAGCAACAGAUUUUGUGCUGAACCUCUCUCAGGCUCGGCGGUCGCCGUCAUUUGCACGAUCCCUACUGGCAGCAGUUCGCAGCACAGCAUGGCAUCCAUUAGUAUCGACGGAGGCCCACCUGUGACUGUUUCUCGUCAAACGACCGGUCCGGUCCAAUGGAAUUACCAGCUUUUCACAGCCGACUCGUUACCAUUUGGGUCUCACCUCCUGGUCAUGACGAACACUGGAGGAGAAACUUAUUUACGAUUCGACCGUAUUGACUAUGACCCGACGGACAGUCAUGCUCCAAAAGCGCCCGCGCCACCGCCUGCUGCUGCUCCUACAACAACGACAUCUGUUGUAGUACUUACCUCUGCAUCCACGCAGCUUACACAGGACACCGCCAGUUCCGAUCGCUCUUCUAGCGCCAAUGUACCGUCCUCGUCCCAAUCCGGUCCUCUUGAUCCUACCGCUCCUGCCCAAGGCCAUUCGAAUUCGACCACCACUGGUAUAGAUCCAACACCUUCGACCCCAGCUUCACGUUCGACGCCGGCUAUCAAUCCGCCAGGGUUCACUUCGAAGAGCGACAACACUACUAUUGAAGCUGCAUCAACUUCCGGAACGCCGACUGCCGCAAUCAUCGGUGGCAUUCUUGGAGGAAUCCUGUUUUUGGUCAUCGCUGCGAUUCUACUCUUUUCAAUUUUACGGUGCCGUCGAAAGCGCUCCCACCUUCACGAGUCAAGUGACCACAUUGAUUCGCCUCGACGCCGGCCGGCAUACAUGAGCACCAUACCAACUCCAUUUUUCCUAGCUCCUCAGACCAGCGAACAUUUCCAGUCUAUCAUCGGGUCAUCCUCUGUUGUCGACAGCCGACCCAGUGCUCCUCCAUCCAUCUCAGAGAGUACAACAUCCCAGACCGCCCUCAUCACCGAAUCUUCAUCAGCCUCUUUCACUCGCCUGGCUUACUGUGCAGACACACAUUGCCAGCUAUAUUCCCAAGCCAAUGAAAAGGCCGGAUGGAAUGACGACCCUUCCACAGAUGCGGCUGUCAGGGAAGCGCCGCCGGCCUACUAUGAGAGGCGGUCUGGCUUGCAGUAAU